AUGGUCCUUGAUGAAGAAGGAAGAAUUCCACUCCACUUGGCGGUGAUGAGGGGACAAGUUGAAGUCAUACAUGAAUUAAUCAAUGCACAGCCUGAAUCGGUUCUAGAGAAAUUGAAUGGGACCACUGUUCUACACUUGGCUGUGAAAUAUAAUCAGUUAAAGGCUCUAAAACAGUUGGUGACACAGCUGAAGGAGAAUGAGGUUUUCGACUUCACAGACCACCUAGGCAACACCAUACUCCAUUCAGCUACUAUGCUGAAGCAAUCCGAGAAAAGCAUUAACCCCAGAGAUUUCAAAGGCCUUGAAAUUGAAGACAUUCUUAUAAAAGCCGGAUGUAGAAGAUCAACCGAUCAGAACACAAAUCCACCAAAUACGGUUCCAAGCCAAUCACAAUCAGUUCCAGUGGUUGUUGGGGAGACCCAAGUGAAGGCAGACACCGUGGGGCUGAAAGGGAAAAUAAAGUCAGCGUACCGUAAAUGCAAGAACUACUUGAAACAUCAAUCUAAUUGGGUGGAGGAGAUGCAGGGGACAUUGUUGCUGGUUGCGACUUUAACCGCAACCAUUUCUUUCCAAGUUGCAAUCAGCCCACUUGGUGGCGUUUGGCAACAAGAUUACACAGACAUAACCGCUGGUGAAUUCAAAUGCGAUUUGCAUUAUGGAAAAUGUGUAGCUGGAAACGCUGUGUUGGCCUACGUUUAUCCCGAUGACUACCUCUCCCUCGUAAAAUACGCGAUUAUCUCUUUCAUUGCAUCUCUGAGUGUUGUCCUUUUAGCCAUCAGUGGGCUUCCUUUCAAGAACAAGUUUUGUACAUGGCUUCUGACAAUAGCUAUGAUGUUCGCAAUUACGUUCGCUUACUAA